AGGUGAGCAAGGCGAGGAGCUCCGACAUACCGUAAGUUGCAUGUAUCACAUCCUGAACAGCUACGUGUCUGUAUCAAUUCCCGUUGUACAUGUGAGUUUUUCUGCACCAUUGUCUCAUCUGGUUAAUGACUUUAUACUUGACUAUCUGGCGAGUCUGUACAUGAUCUCGUCACUAGCAUCUUUAAUCGCUCGCACGGGGAAUAUGGUUUUGUUGUCGGCAAUCGCCAGACUACAUCCAGCCUGAGAGUCCCUCGCGGUCGUUAUGUGACUCGCUGGACUGU